UAAACUCGCGUCGCCACGAUCGAGCAUCAGCGCCGUGACUUGUACUUUUGUGCUACUGUAGCUAUUUCACCGUUUUUCACAGAGUGUUCCUGCGCAUUGAUCAUCUAAAAGCUGUACAGCAAAGCGGACGGUUCGGUAGGCGUGCUUUUCCUCGGUCGCGUCCAAUCGGAGGCCACGAUGGAACAGUUGUCGGAAGCGAUGUUGGCGAGGGUGCUGCGGCACCUGGACGUGAGGGACCUGUUGGCGUGCCGCCUCGUGAGCAAGAGGCUGGGCGCGGCCGCCCUGCACCCGGACGCGUGGAGCCACCGCGAGCUGGUCGGCGACAGGCCGUGCGUGUGCGCGGUGCUGCUGCUGGCGCCGUGCCUGGCCAAGCUGGUGUACCACAACCACAGGGUGUUCCACCGCCGGGCCUUCCUCAGGACCAGGUGCGCCGUGGCGGAGCUGGCGCUCGUGCUGCACCAGCCCGACGGCCACCACACCGUGGAGGCGGCGGUGGUGCUCCGCAAGCAGGAGUCGCUCGGCCGCCUCAGGCGCCUCGAGCUGUGCAACUUCUUCCGCUCGACGGGCAACGAGGUGCUGGUCAGGACGGUGCGCGCGGCGACGGCAGCCCUGGACGCGCUCGUGGUGAUGGGUGGCGUGCCCUCGGCGGCGGGCAACGUGCAGUACGAGCUGCCCGAGCCGGGCCUCAGGCGCUUCACCUUCACGCGCGGGGCCAGCCUCGUGGACCACUGCACCGAGCCGUUCGUCAACGCCGUCCUCGCGUCGCACGGCGCCACCCUGGAGGAGGUGCACCUCGGCCCGGGGCCGCUGAGCCCGGCCUCGGACACCAUGGCCGCGCUGCUGGCGGGCGCGCCCCGGCUGCGCGCGCUCACCUGCGAGAUGCUGCCGGGGCUGCAGGCCGUGUCGGCGGCGUGCCCGGCGCUGAGCGAGCUGGUCCUGCACGCCUACCCCUCCGCGCCCUACAAGGACGCCCUGCGGUUCCUCCGCGGCUGCAAGCGCCUGCGCAAAGUCUCCCUCAAGUACACCUACUUCGACCUGGGCGACAGCGACGACAGCGACGGCGGCGACGACAUCUUCCCCGACUACGGCACCGACAUGGUGGAGGCCCUGGCCCCGUCCUCGGCCAUCAUCGAGCUGCUCUCCGUGUCCGGCCUCUACCUGCCGUGUCCGGUGCUCGAGCUGCUGCCGCCGAUGCCGGCGCUGCGCCAGCUGGAGGUGUUGGAGGAGCCGCUCAACGACGAGCUGCUGCUGGACGUGACGCCCGCCAGGGCCCCCGCCCUGCGGAGCCUCAGGCUGUCGACAGACUGGAAGCAGUGCGGCCACGCCUGGCUGCACAAGGACGCCCUGAGGACGGCCCUCGCCGCCAACCCCUCCCUGCACGUGCAGCUCAAGGGCCCCAUCGACUGCCCCUUCGCCGAGUGCGAGCCGUGCGCCGUGCUGGGCUGCCACCGGGAGGUGGGCUGGUACGCGGUGGACCAGCUGGGCGUGUUCUCGCACCCCCCGGGCGAGUGCCCCGCCCCCGAGCACCACCCCGUCGACGUCCCGUGGCCGUGGCUGCACAUCCCGUGCAAUGCCGAGUGAAUGCGGUCGCUUUGAUCACCUUAUUUCCAAUUUUUUGUUGUGUUGUAUGCUAUGGUACUUUAGAUGUCUCAUUUUGUUUGGGUAUUUCUGAUGCUAAUAAUAAAUAAUUGAGCGUUGCAA